GAGCAGUUCCUAUCGAAACGCUCUGCGAUAUUACGUGCGUGACUGCGUGUCUGCAAGCCUGCGUCCGUAUGUGCAUGUGAGUACCUCGCAUGCCGUAUGAAGAUGCGUAUAUAAUUAGACCGUGUUGGAAAGGGUCAGAUUGCAGCUCGACACGGAUUGGCAGGGCGACCUGUUCCUACAGCAGACGGAGCCUUUUUUUUGUUUUUGUUUUUAUCUCGGACAGUCAUCGCGCGCUGCAGACAAGAUCGAGCGGGGAUAUUGACCCCGUAGAUGCCAUUGGUGGUGAUGACACCAUGCGGUUAUCUUUUUGCCUCGGUGCCCGAGUUGGAGCUGUGGCGAACGAGGUGUCCAAUGUAUGGGUUCAGCUGAUCCCUAGGAGCAGAAGCCGAUGCUCUAAGAGAACAGAAAACAAAUCAAUGCAUGCCUUCUCGCCACUCUUACCUUUUAGUCACGGCAGCGACCUCAUUAUGAGUGAUCUUACGAUCAGGCAGAUAUCCCUUGGAUCGAACAAAAGCAGGUUUAAGAGCCGGACAGUGUGCAGAGAGAUCAAGGAGCAAGAGCAGACACCCGACAUUUCUCUCGUCCCGAUUAGGAAUGAGAUGCACCACACGCAGCUUUUCGUUUGAGAAAGCCUUCCAUUGGAUUACGUGGAAGAGCAUUCAUUCGAUGUCUAUCUUGACUUUGCCUGCCAACCAGCUUCGCUUAGAAAUUUAGCGCUCUCCGUUGCAAAUACGCUAGUUCCGACUGCAGGCUAAAACUCUCCCUGAAUCUAUGAAGGCGUGGUGGCUGCCUUCAUUCAGCUUCGAGAUUUGAAUGAGCGAGUGUAUGAGCCAUUAUGUCGGCUCUAACCGCGGUACAUCGUACAUGCUCCGGCGAUUCACGAGACACUCGACUGUACUAAGCUAAAAGGCAUACGGAGUACUGGUAUCAAUUAUUACCUCAGCCAGAUGAGGGGCGCAAA